AUAAGUGUGUGAAUGUUUACAGCUUUUUAAUGGUAUCGCAGCAGUCGCCCCCAAAGAGGACUUCGCCCCCAAAAGUCCGAAGCGAAUCGAAAGUCGAAACCCCCAAAUUUCUCUCUCUUCCUCCAAAAACAAAAAAAAAACACAGAUACACACAGUAGUGUGUGUGAGAGAGAGAGAGAGAGAGAGACCUUGCUGAGAGAGAGUGUGUGUGGAACACAAUCGAGAAUCCAAUCGAAAGUGUAGGAGAAAAAGGAGGAGUAAUUCUUUCGGUUUUUUUGGGUAGUGGGAGUUAGUUAUUAUAUAUAUACAUAUAUAUAAAUGGGGGGAGGUACUUUCGUGGACGGUGUUCGUCGGUUGUUCCAUCGUCGGUCGACAUCUGGCGCCAACAAUUCCUUAGCUUCUUCUUCUUCUUCCAAUAUUAGUAUUACCAAUGAGCGUCACCCGCGUUCAAUUUCAAUUUUGACGGAAAAUCGAGAGGAAGACGACGAACAAGGCGGCGGCCUUACUAUUGUUGAGGAUUUUGAUUUCUCGGGGCUUAAGUUGAUCAAAGUCCCCAAGCGGGUUGAUUUCCCCGUUUUGUUGAAUUCCGCCAUGGAUUCACAUAAAAAGAGUAAUCUAGAAACUGAAUUCUUCACCGAGUAUGGAGAGGCGAGUAGGUAUCAGGUUCAAGAAGUUGUAGGCAAAGGUAGUUACGGUGUUGUAGGGUCCGCAAUCGAUACUCACACUGGAGAAAGAGUUGCCAUUAAAAAGAUAAACGACGUGUUUGAGCAUGUUUCUGACGCGACACGGAUCCUCAGAGAAAUCAAGCUACUUCGGCUGCUUCGCCACCCCGAUAUUGUCGAAAUAAAACAUAUAAUGCUUCCUCCUUCUCGAAGAGAGUUUCGAGAUAUUUAUGUUGUUUUUGAAUUGAUGGAAUCUGAUCUUCACCAAGUAAUUAAAGCGAACGAUGACCUAACGCCAGAGCAUUUUCAGUUUUUCCUGUACCAGCUUCUGCGUGGGUUGAAGUAUAUUCACACAGCUAAUGUGUUUCACCGAGAUUUAAAGCCGAAGAACAUACUUGCUAAUGCUGACUGUAAGUUGAAGAUUUGCGAUUUUGGUUUGGCACGUGUAUCGUUCAAUGAUGCCCCGUCAGCAAUAUUUUGGACUGAUUAUGUUGCAACUCGAUGGUAUCGUGCUCCUGAGUUAUGUGGUUCCUUCUUCUCUAAGUAUACUCCUGGUAUUGAUAUUUGGAGCAUGGGAUGCAUAUUUGCGGAGAUGCUAACUGGAAAACCGUUGUUCCCCGGGAAAAACGUGGUGCACCAGUUAGAUUUAAUGACAGAUUUACUUGGCACUCCUCCUCCCGAAUCCAUUGCCAGGAUCAGAAACGAGAAGGCGAGGAGAUACCUAAGUAGUAUGAGGAAGAAACAACCGGUUCCAUUUGUGCAGAAAUUUCCGUAUUCUGAUCCUUUGGCCCUUCGGCUACUACAACGGCUCCUUGCAUUUGAUCCUAAAGAUAGACCAAGUGCUGAAGAAGCACUAGCUGAUCCCUACUUCCAUGGGUUGUCGAAUGUGGACCGUGAACCAUCGACUAAACCAAUAUCGAAGCUUGAGUUUGAAUUUGAGAGGAGAAAACUGGCUAAAGAAGAUGUUAGAGAGUUGAUUUACAAAGAGAUUCUAGAGUAUCAUCCGCAGAUGCUUCACGAAUAUAUGCGAGGUGGAGAUCAAACUAGUGGCUUUAUGUACCCAAGUGGGGUUGAUCGGUUCAAGCGGCAGUUUGCCCAUCUUGAAGAAAAUUAUGGUAAAGGUGAAAGAGGAGGCACUCCUCCGCUACAAAGGCAGCAUGCUUCUUUACCAAGAGAGCGGGUCCCUGCACCGAAAGAUGAAGUUAAAGAGAAUGAUUUCGAACAGAGAACCGCAGCUUCUGUUGCAACAACUCUCCAUAGUCCACCACGGGAAGGUGAAGGAUCGGAAAAUAUAAGUGGAAACGAACAAAAUGGGCCGAACAAGGGAAACUAUAGUGCUCGUAGCUUGUUAAAGAGUGCAAGUAUUAGCGCUUCGAAAUGUGUAGUUGUUAAACACAAAACAGACGCAGAGAGAGAAUCGUUAGAAGAGAACGGUGAAGAGGUUGAUAGGUUGUCGGAGAAAGUUGCUGCUCUCCGUGCUUAAUUUUUGGAGUCCGAUUUUUUCUCAAUAUUUAUUGAUUAGAAGGAGAAGUUGUUUUCCGUCGUGAUAUGGAUCAGUUGUUGAUGGAUGUACCAUAACUUAUCUAUUUGAUGAUUUAAUCGAGUUGUACAAAUAUGAUCGGUAUACUGUUUCUAUUCAUCAGAUAUUUAUGUAUUAUAAGAAACUCUGUUCUCUGAUGUAGCAUACAAAUAUGUAUUUAUAAUAAAUUGUUUGAGAACUUGGGUAUCCGUUUUGGUUGUUGUAUUUGAAAUGAAGGUUUUUAAAUUA